UGGGAUAGCACCGGGACAGAGCAGGAUUGGACCGGGGCAGAGCAGGAUUGGACCGGGGCAGAGUUGGAUAGCACCGGGACAGAACAGGAUUGGAUCGGGGCAGAGUUGGAUAGCACCGGGACAGAGCAGGAUUGGAUCGGGGCAGAGUUGGAUAGCACCGGGACAGAGCAGGAUUGGAUCGGGGCAGAGUUGGACAGCACCGGGACAGAGCAGGAUUGGACCGGGACAGAGUUGGACAGAACCAGGAUAGCACCGGUUCAGAGCCGGUUAGCACCGCAUUAGGACCGGGAUAGAGCGGGUUCGCGUCGGGACAGGACCGGCACAGGGUGGGAUUGAAUCUGAAAAGGAAGGGCUACAACCGGGCUAGGACCCUGUGGAACGAGAUAGGAGCUGUACUGAAGCGGGUUUGACCCGGGAUUAGAGCGGGACCCACGCAGUUCCAGGGCAAAUGCUGCAGCGUGGACCCAGGUGACAAUGGCGAGUGUGUUGUCUCGACGUCUGGGUAAACGGUCACUGCUUGGAGCCACUGUUCACACCCUGAGUCCUUCCGGGAGUGGAAUCCUUAUUCCUGGUGUUAUACAAGCGUACCGGCUAGAUUCUGGGAAAGGCAACUCCUCCUACACUGUCUCGUUUGAGGAUGGUCAGUUUAAGGAGUACAGCGAGGACAGCAUCAUCGGGCCAGGGUUCCAGAGUCUCUCUCGUUUCAAACUCUAUCCGGGACAGAGGGUUUAUCUAACCCACAGUGGGCGGGAGUAUGUGGGGCUGGUCGAGCAACACAAUCACCUGGACAACGAGGUCCUGGUCUACGUGAAGGAGCUGGACCUGCGCUCGCUGAGGAAAAUUGAAGAUGUCCGAUUGGCGGAGAGCCGGAAGUCACCGCGCCUCCAGGAACAGGAGAGGGAGAAUCUGAGAGCAACAAGCAAACAGGCAGAGAGCAAGAGGAUCCACUGCUCGGAGAGCAUUGAUAUCCCUCCAAGAGGCCCAGGAAUGGUCGAUAUGGAUGAAGUCAUGGCAGCCAUGGUACUGACCAGUUUGUCAUCCAGCCCAUUGGUCAACAGCCCUCUGAACAGCAGCACCAUGCCAGGAUUGGCUGAAUCGGGGAGUGAGACCACGAGUGGGAGCAGUGGCAAAUGGAGCUGGGGCAGCGAUACCCCCUCUCCCUCCACACCACCAUUCGGCCAGUCUGCUGGGCUAGCCCAGGGAGGGGAUGGCUCCGAACGACAUGGCACACAGCCGCUGCUGCUCGAGGAACCAACAGCUCGCAAACGGAAGAACUCCAUGAAGCUCCUGUAUCGCUGUAUGUGGCCUCUCUGUCAGAAAUUGCUCUCCUCACCGGCUGGAAUCCGCAGGCACAUCCGCACUGUACACCUCGGGCGUGGCGACUGUGAACACAGCGAUGGAGAAGAGGAUUUCUAUUACACUGAGAUCUCAGUGAGUGAGGAUGAGAACCCAGACACUGUGAGCACACGGCGCUGUGUGUCCCCACCUGCUGUACUCCAGGACCAGAGGGUCUCCGUCACUCCGUCACAGGGAGGCAGCUCUGAACACCAGCUCCCAGGCCCCCUCAGUCAGUCUGCUCCCAGCUCUCUGUGGCAGGUCUGUGUCGACCACACCUACCAGAUCUCUCCAGAUUACCGCUGUGCCUUCACAUUUGGGGAUUGCUCUAUCCAACCACAAGUGACCCUGCUGAAGCCCCAUGUUGUUUUUGCCUCUCCAGUGCCCAGCCUCAGUGGGACAAGGAAGAUCCGCGGGGAAGCUAAGAAGUGCCGCAAAGUGUACGGUUUGGAGAAUCGAAGCCAAUGGUGCACAGCCUGCCGCUGGAAAAAAGCUUGUCAACGUUUCCACGACUGACUCAACGAGCAGUUACCGUGGGAACAGGGAGACUCCCGGCAACGCCCCCUUCUCAUGGGGUUUCUGUCUGUCAGCUCGUUGCGUGAAGAGAGAUUCUCCAGAAUUGGGAGAGAGUGGAUUUCCCUCGGAAUGACAGGCUGACGUUGGAGAAUGUUGGCCGAUAAACUAGGAGCCUGCAACCGAGGUUUCACCUCGUCCCGGACUGUGGCCGUGGUGGUGAAAGGAAAUUCUCUCUCUCUUUCUUUGGGAACGGUUAUCCUCCAGGUUGGAGGGAAGGGAUUGACAGGAAUGUUCUGAUGGACUAUGUCUCUUAGAGCCUGGGACUCAGAGCUCCAGCCUCGUCUGAGCAUUGAUAGGACCCACUGACCUUUCUUGAGACAGGGCCUACUAACAGCAUCCGGAGAUUUCAAAUUCUCAGGCACAGCAUCACUCCCUGGAAUUGGAAUGUUCCUGGAUUCAAUCACCUUUCCAAUUGGGAUGCACCAUCUGCCAUUGGUCAUUUGUUUUUCCUCCAACAGAAUUCCUCAGGGAUCGGAGAGAAAGGAGCACAACUACCAAACUUUGAGUGAUGUCAGUAAAGGCUCUUCCAAAGCUCCGUGUGCCUGUGUUUGGAAUCUCCUCAUUGUUUCAGGCACUGAGUGAUUAAUGACAGCCCCGGAUGUUUAUAAUGACCUGGAUCAGUCUCAGUGUAACUCCCUGCAGGACUGGCUGGCAUUGACGUAGGCAUUGGAAUGGACUACUGCAGAAAGAGCCCUGACCACCCUGCAGAGUCCUCCUUACUAACACUAGAUAUAGGUUUAUUGUCACGUGUCUAUAAAAUUACAGUGAAAAGUGUUUUCUUCAUACGUUAUAUAGAAAGUUUCACCACACUUUGGUGCCAUCUUGUAACACUGAAUAUAAUGCAAGAUUUUACUGCAGUAGAGUUCAUCUUUCUCUCUUCUUCAGGUUCCUCCUCCUCUGCUCCUCCAGUAGCUGCUUGACCUUGGCUCCUGUUUCCAGGCCUUCAGGCUGCAACUCCCAUGACUGCCAUGUCUGAGCUGGGGCCCUGGGCCUGGCUAUGUGCAAGUUCAGUUCCUCCUCAUCCCCAUCUGAAGCACCUCCAGAUGCUGCCGCUGGUUAUCAGUUAUCAGGGUCCUCCACCAUCCAUCCCUUUCAUCGCUUUCACUGUUCCUUCUGGAAUCAAAAUGUGUGGUGCUAGAAAAGCACAACUAGUCAGGCAGCAUCUGAGGAGCAGGAGAGUCGACGUUUUGGUCAUUCCUGAUGAACACCUUAUGCUUGAAACGUCGACUCUCCUGCUCCUUGGGUGCUGCCUGACAGGCUGUGCUUUUCCAGCACCACAUUUUUAAACUCUGAUCUCCAGCAGCUGGAGUCCUCACUUUUUCCUUUGCUCCUUCCGGAAGCUGGGCCUAGCGGCAGACCGGGAGCCUCAGCCUAGUCACGGACCUGGUACCUCGGCCGAUCCUGUGAGUUCAGGCCGGGGGACUCAGCCCAGGACCUGCUCCUUGCUCGCUGGGAGACCUUGGGCUGGGAUGGAGCCGUGUCUGGCUUGUUCAGGUGUUGCUGCCACCAGAGGCCUCCUCCUUCACUCGCCACGUUCCAGGCUUUAACCAGACUGGCUGCAGGGAGAGGUUUCACCCACAGCCCCCAAACUCCAGCUGAAAGAUUCGAACUGCUUUUGGAGUCUCUGGUAUCAGAGCACCCUGUCCCUGAGCAUUAAGAGCGGUAUGUAACCUCCUUUGUCAGCUCUGGGCCUCAGGCAGUGCCUUGUUAUGUUUGUGAGGAGGAGAGCACUGUGUGUGCUCAAUGGUCCCAUACCCGAGCAAUGUUAAGUAUCUGCCUGGUUCUGGUGUUACUGCCCAAUGCUUGGAGCUUUCUCUCUCGUCACGCCCCACUCAGAGCAAUCUCCACGUGUCUCUUACUGAGUGUGAAAGUGUGCACCAUCGUAAGACCCUGUCCUGAUCAGCUCGGUGUUGAUAGACUCAAAUAAUGUGAUAAAGCUGGGAUCGACAUUUACAAAUUCCCAUUUGUGUGUCACACCCACAGCCUCUAGCUCUGUGGGUCACUUGACAAAGUGAAUCUGAACAAAAUACACCCCUCCCACCCCCUCCAUUGCCCUCCCCAGCAACCCCCUCACCCACCAAGACCAGCGCUAACUGGAGUUAAACAGAGUGUUGGAUAAACAAGCACAGAAUACGCUGGAGAGACUCAAUACUGUCUGUGGGGAGACAGACUGAGAGAGAGAAAGAGAGAAACAGGGUUAAUGUUUUGGGUUCAGUGAUCCUUCUCCAGAACUCCGUCCUGUUCCCCAGACUCUCCAUGCUCCACCCACGUGACCCUGUCUGCUCCCCUGACCUUUCCCAACCCCCAGCAUCUGUGCCAGCUUGGAAUCUGGGAGUCUGUGUUUCAAACACAGUGUGAGUGAUUGAAAUAGAAUCAAACGCUGUUCUGAAUUUAAAUAGCAAUAUGAAUAUUACCGGAUUGAAAUGGUUAUCUAUAUUUAUACAAUAGAAAAUUUGAACAGAGUGAAUUUAAAACCUGACUGGAAAUUGAAGAUGAAUGCUGAUUGCUAAUCCUGUGGACUACAAAUCCCACAAUUGUCUUUAGAAAUUGGCAACUCUGGGAGGAGAGCUCCGAGUGGUUUCAGACACAACCUUUCUGAUAGGAUUCAAAGAGAAAGAACCUUGAUUUUUUUGGGGUAUUUGAGUGGGUCAUACAUCAUAAACAGGACAAAAAGACACUCUGUCCCAUAAAUGAGUCACGUAGUCUGUGAGUUUUAGUGCGAGUGUGAUGCCAGUGUAUAGGGUCUGCAUCACAAUAUCUGAUUAUAACAGGAAGAGCGUUGAGUGUACUCAACCAGCACAUUGUGUGAGGAACCCAGAACAUAGUAACCAAAAUUACGCGUGAUUCCAUGAUUGGACUGCACAUUCUGAACAAUCCAGGGUGCACUAUGAAUUAGGAGAAAGUGAGGACUGCAGAUGCUGAAGAUCAGAGCUAAAAAUGUGUUGCUGGAAAAGCGCAGCAGGUCAGGCAGCAUCCAAGGAACAGGAGAAUGUGCAGGAGCACUAUGAAUUACACAAACAGCUAAUUAUAGAUUCUCAGUAACACCUCUAACAAGGUUCAUUUAGUCUUGAUAGAAACUAUACGUAAUCACAUACAUACAUACAUACAGCUGGUUCUCUGCAGGCAAAAAGCAUUUGUUCAGAAAUUUCAACUUUUCAAUCUAACAGAAAUUUGGAGAUACCUAUCGCUUGGUGCAUUCCCCAUAACAAUCCCUUAUCCAAUCAAAGUUAAGUUGUCUUUCAUUAAUUUUAAACAUAUUGUUUGGGACAUGGUCAUGCAGAAUGUACUAGGGAAGAGAUAUCUCCCAAUCAGGGUCCAAUUAAUCAGCACCCUUUUUGUUAUGUAGCAUACAUUGUUAUUCGUGUUGGUAUUCUUGCAAUUGUGUCCUGAUGAGUGAAAGAUGAGAAAUGUCUCAUUAUGUAACUUAUCUGAGUUUUG